AUGCAUAGAAUUGAACUAUGGCAGCCAACUCCCACAGGUUCUCCAGAGCAGAAGUCAAUGUUUUACUAUUGUGAAGUCUUGUGUGACCGGCGGCAUUUUGAAGAAAUCGGAUUAAAAUAUUUGGACAAUUUCAAAGGAAGCUUGCCUUUCGAUUUGCAAGUUGAUCCAGAGAUUAGGCAACGGUCAAGGCUAUUUGAAUGGAAGCCCUACUGUGAAGUUACAGACAGUUGUGAAAGUACAUGUUCCAACUCCCAGAGCGAAUAUCAAAUAACAGGGCAACCGACAACUCCAAGGAGUCUAACUGCAGACUUCUGUCCUUGGUCGAAGGAAGACGGUAUAGGUGCAGAUUAUCUGUUUGAUAGACUGUUUUCCAUAGAGCAAAGAAUAGAAAAAGACUUUGCAUCCUUUUCUGAGAACUACUCCGAGGGGAAUAUUAGCAGUAGUAACGCAUUAGUUGGAUUGAUCAACACUGAAAACGUGUACGAAAGGGUGUCUGAGGUGGCGAAUUGUGUUAAAGAGAGUAAUGAUGAUGAGUGUGAAAUUACCUCGGUUUCAACGGGUUAUGACAACGAAGAUCAAGGUGAAGGCGAUUUAUUCUUUCUUUUGUUUGAAUGUGGCCCUUCCAUGAAGCAGUGCAAUUAUUGCAAUGGGUGGCCAAUUCGAUUCGCACCACAACAAUCAGUGGAGUUGAGUACAACACAUAUCCAAGUGCCUCCAUGGCGAGCUAGUGCCGGUCGUCUGCUUCACGAUGUGUGCAACUACUGCACACGGAAUCCCCAUCUUGAAAACCUCGUACUCUUGGACCCCAUGGUAAGUCAGUGGUCUUACUCCAAGCAGACUCACUGCAACAAUGCAUUCAUUACUGUGUUUGAAUUCUUAGUCACUAUCUCCACUGUCCCCACUGCUAAAUCUGAUGAAGCGGAGUGCGAGCAAAAGCGGACAAAUGACUGGAGU